GGCUGCUCCGGGUCUCUUAGCGGCCUAGGAGGCGUCAUCCUUUCUCCCUACAGAGCCUCUGAGGCGGCGAGGCGGCAUCCACAGCUGUCCACGCCAGAGCAUCCGCUGUCCACCAGCGGAGCACAGGUCAUCAAAACCGAAUUUGAACUUGAAUUCCGUACGGCUGAUUGCGGAGCUGGACCGGGAUCUGCAACCCGCGUGGACAGGUCGACUUAGCCCCGGAGCGAGCUCUCUCACCGAAGCACCUGUUGCGGAGGCUGAACGGGAAAUAAAGGCGCGCACUUAUUUCCAAACUCAUAUAAGAAUCUGAGAAAUAACGGCGGAAGCUUUGAGAAGGGGGUGUGGUUGAGACCUGAGAUCAUGAGUUUAAUGGAGAUCUUAUUUACUACCACAAAUUUGUGAGACUUAGACCGUUGCAGUCUAUUUUGAAAGCUCAAUAUCGGCUCCACACACUGACAAUUUCACCUAGAAUUCUAACAGUUGCCACCUAAGUAACAGGUGGGAGGGAAUGGUUGUAGCUCCGACAAGCUCCCUGCUUGCAUGGGACACCCACUAGCUCCUGAAGGUUAUAAUUGCCAGUUUCCUGUAAGGUAUUUUCAAUUCCAGUUUCCUGCAGUGGGCAAAUGGAAAGUGUACUGCCGGGUGUUCGGGAAGAUAAAGAAAACGACCGCAGACUGCUUCCCUGCAGUCUACUAUCUUACUGACUUAUUCUUUUCUUUUCUUUGCAGUUCCUAUUGAGAUACAAGAAAGGCAGAGCUCGGGAACGUUGCUUUGGGGGUUUCGCCUGCAGAUUAGACUUUUCUAAAAAGCCUGAGCAUUUUGUUAUAUUCAGAUAGACGAUCAUCAUCGUCUGUCAUGGCUAGCAUCAUUGCACGUGUGGUUAAUAGCCGGUGGCAGAACACAUCCUUGCCACCUUGGGCCCAAUCCAUGUUGAGGUCCCUGGGGAGGAGUCUUGGUCCUUUAAGGGUCAAUAUGGCCGAAAGAAACGUGAAGUUUUUCUCCGGAAGGGUGGUGCCAGCCCAAGGGGAAGACACCUUUGAAAACUGGCUGAUCCAAGUCAAUGGGAUCCUGCCAGAUUGGAAUAUGUCUGAGAAGGAAAAGCUCAAGCGCUUGCUGAAAACUCUGAGGGGCCCCGCGCGAGAGGUCAUGCGUUUGCUGCAGGCUGCGAACCCCAACCUAAGUGUGGCAGAUUUCUUGCGCGCCAUGAAAUUGGUGUUUGGGGAAUCUGAAAGCAGUGUCACUGCCCAUGGGAAAUUUUUUAACACUUUGCAGGCACAAGGGGAGAAAGCCUCUCUUUAUGUGAUCCGUUUAGAGAUGCAGCUCCAGAAUGCUAUUCAGGCAGGGAUCAUAGCUCAGAAAUAUGCAAACCAGACUCGCCUGCACCAGCUUCUUUUAGGGGCUGAACUGAAUGGGGACCUGCGCUUUAGGCUAAAGAAUUUUCUCAGGAUGUAUGCAGAUGAUCCAGAGCAUCUUCCCAAUUUCCUAGAGUUAAUCAAGAUGAUAAGAGAGGAAGAGGAUUGGGAUGACACUUUUAUGAAACGGAAGCGGCCCAAAAGAUCUGAGCUAAUCAUGGGGAGGACAGCAAGCCCUGUAGCAUUUCAGGACCCCCCGCCAGUAGCCAUCAGCAGUGCUGAUUGCAACGUGAUAGAGAUAGAUGAUACCCUCAAUGACUCAGAUGAGGAUGUGAUCCUGGUGGACUCUCAGAACCCUCCACUGACAUCCAUUGGCCACCCUCCCCUCAGAGUCAGGGCCAGACCUCAGAAUCACGUACUGGUCAUUGAUUCCCCAAACAGUUCCCGGGCUCAGUCUCCUAUCAGUGGUGGUUCUGGGUAUAAGAAUGAUAGUCCUGGGGAUAUACGGAGAGCCAGAAAGAGAAAAUAUACAAUCCACUGUUCAUAUUGUGGUGAAGAGGGCCAUUCAAAGGAAACUUGUGAUGAGAGCAGCAGGGCCCAGGGGUUUGAGAAUCUAAUCAUUACCCUGCAGGAGCUGACCCAUACUGAAGAGGAGAGGAAAAAAAAGGUUCCUGGCAGACACAAUGACCUCUCUGAGCCAAAGUAAGGUGCUAGACCAGCCCUAAGUAAACCCAUAACUGUAUUCAGAGACUGGUGAUAGGGAAAACAGUGGUGGUGGGGUGGUGGGGGAGGCUUUGCAUGAAUUUAUCCACAAAGUGGCUUUCUUUGGAGAAGAGGUUAUGUAUACCAGCAAAGUGGAAAGAAUGGCCUGACCUCUAUCCCUGCUCCCUCCUCCAUCUGCCUAAGUGUCUAUUCUCUUGAUGUGUCUAUGUCUAUUUCCUUGAUGACUUUAUUCUUUUUAUGUAAGGAGUAUAACUCAUUGUUAAACCUUCAAAAAGUGAAGGAAAAA